CACUGCCUAGGAAACCAUCAUACUCCAUUUUCAACGCUUGACGCUGUAAAACUCCGUUUCUGGGAAAGCAAAUGAUUAAUUUUUAAUGGUACCAGAAACCUGCUGCGUGCUUUUUUUUGACAGCCAUCUGCUGCUCUACAAGUUCCUUUCCCCUUUCUGAAGUGGAAGCAAUGAGCUGGUCAUUCCUCCGUGAUGUCCUAAGCGGGGUGAACAAAUACUCAACUGGAAUCGGCAGAAUCUGGUUGGCUAUUGUGUUUAUCUUCCGCCUCCUUGUCUACGUUGUGGCUGCAGAACAAGUCUGGAAGGAUGAACAGAAGGAGUUUGAGUGUAACAUUAGGCAACCUGGCUGUGAAAAUGUCUGCUUUGACUACUUUUUCCCAGUUUCCCAGGUGAGGCUUUGGGCCUUACAAUUGAUCAUGGUCUCCACCCCAUCCCUUCUUGUCGUUCUCCACGUCGCCUAUCGAGAAAGCAGGGAAAAGAGACACAGAAAGAAGUUGUAUAAGGACCCAGGAAGCAUGGAUGGAGGGUUGCUAUGCACCUAUCUCAUCAGUCUCAUUUCCAAAACAGGAUUUGAACUCGGCUUCCUCUUUUUGUUUUACAAGCUGUACGGCGGAUUCAACGUGCCCCGCCUUGUGAAAUGUGACAUGAGUCCAUGUCCCAACACCGUCGAUUGCUACAUCUCCAAGCCCACAGAGAAAAAAGUCUUCUUGUACAUUGUGGUGGUGACGUCCUCCUUGUGCAUCAUCUUAAAUGUAAUCGAACUCACCUAUUUGGUUUUCAAGUACUCCAUCAAAUGUUGUUUCAGAGGCUACAUCGAGAGAGUUCAAGAAUCCAAACGUGAAGACAAAAAGUCAAGUUCUGUGAAUCACAAUGGAACCACCUUAUUUCAGGGCAAUGAUGAAGUCACUAUCUUCGGUAUCCAAGGAGAUGGAAGAAUCUUGCCCACCAGCCAACAGCAAGAAUAACAGGCACACAAUGUUAAUUAAAAUGCAUUUUAAUGAGUUUAGGACAGCUUGGGAUUUUAAUCAGCAGGCUGUGUUUUCCAGACUUGGGAGUUAUUUAGGUUCACCAAGUUUAAGAUGCAAAACCUGACAUUUCCUCAAGAUGUAUAAAUAUUGAUAUUUAUGAUAUAGAAUGCUGAAAAGAACAGUAAAUUCAAUAGUCACUUUGAAUGUUUUCGCACAACAAUUCAGUUUAAAAAGACAAUUUAAUUGGGUGAAAUCCAAGAUUGUGUAAGUAGAGUAACCGGCUUUGCCCUUCUCCCCCAGGAGUCCUCUAGAUCUGCUCUGGUCUCCCAUCUAUCUGAAACAGAUUUUGGAGGGGUCAUGAGCUAAUGACUGUUCCACUUAUACAUGGACAUCAUAAGAUUCAAGCCCCCUCUCUUAUUUCAAGCCCCAAAGACAAGACCUUACCUAUUAAGACAACCCUGCCAUUGGCUGGUUAUAGUAACUUACUAGCCUCAACUGUGUGAGACUCCGGUUACCAUUCUCAGAUCCAUCCCUGUACUGACACACUGCAUUUGCAACUGAAGCUUCUUGCCUCAUGUACUGCCCCAUUUUACUUAUGAGAUAGUUUAAUUCUGUUUCUACUUAGUUGCUCAUAUGAACGCUAUUGUGUAUUUUUUUUACAUGUCAUUGUUAUGUCUACUUAUAUCUCGUGUUAACCACUUCAUUUUUGUAAAAAUAUUAUUAAGCAGUACAUAAUAAAUACUACAUUAAAUACCU